AUGAUGCCUGGGAGGGGCCGCGCGCGUGCCCGCGGGCGCGCGGCCGUGGCGACGAGGCCGCACCACCUCCUGCGCAUGCGCAAGGCGAUGCCGGAACUGCGUCCGCUAGGAGAGGAGCUGAGUGCGGCGCCUGCUCUCUGCGAGGAGCGGAGAGCGGCCGCGUUGCAGCGCCUCCACUCCCUGGAGGAGCGACUCCAGAACGCCGAAUGGGACCGGCGCCACGAGCAGGAGGGGGCCUCUAGCGCCCUCGAGUUGGCACGGGGGACAGCCCAGAAGCUAGCGGGGAUCGCCAGGGAGGCACAGCAGUGUCUGUCCACUGUCAGGCUGGAGGUGGAGGAGCUCGAGAAGGAGGCGCUGGUGGGGCAGCAGGAGCUGCAGAGGCUGGAGGCGGCCACGCUCUCGCUGGAGGAGACCGUCCGGGAGCUCAGCGCCUCUGCUGAGAGCUUGCAGGCGCGUGUCUCCGAGUGCCAGCGCCACGUGACGGAGCUCCAGGAGAUGCUGCGUACCCGCCAGGAGGCGCUGGGGGAGGCGGCGCGGGCGCUGGAACAGCUGCGGGCGCAGCGCGGCGCUGCCGCUCUCACCCUGACAGAGCGCGGGCACGCAGUGGGGCGACACCAGCGGGACGCCCUGGACAACGCAGCCAAGGUGGAUCGUCUGCUCAAAGAGAAUGCGUGGAUCUCCACAGAGCGCGCUCUAUUUGGCCGCCCCAACACGGCGUACGACUUCGCCGCCAGCGACCCAAGCGAUGCUGCCCGGAAGCUAUCGCGCCUGGAGCAGACACGCCGGCGGAUGGUGCACACCGUUAACGAGAGGGCCAUGAACCUGCUGGCCCAGUCCGAGGAGAAGUACGUGGACCUGAUGAGGAAGAAGCGGAUCGUGGAGAACGACAAAACCAAGAUCUUCAGCGCCAUGCAGGAGCUGGAUCUCAAGAAGAAUGAGGCUCUUAACCUGGCCUGGAGACAGGUGAAUGGAGACUUCAGCUCCAUAUUCUCCACGCUGCUGCCUGGCUCCCAGGCGCGUCUCACUCCCGUGGAGUCCUCUUCCUCCACCUCCUCCACCUCCUCCACCUCCUCGCUGCUCCAAGGCUUGGAGUUUCGUGUGGCUCUGGGCUCCGUGUGGAAGGAAAAUCUGAGCGAGCUGAGCGGAGGCCAGAGGUCACUGGUGGCCCUAUCCCUGAUCCUGGCCAUGCUGCUCUUCAAGCCGGCUCCGAUUUACAUCCUGGACGAGGUGGACGCCGCCCUGGACCUCUCCCACACCCAGAACAUCGGACACAUGCUGCGCACUCACUUCCUCACCUCGCAGUUCGUGGUGGUCUCUCUCAAGGAUGGGAUGUUCAACAACGCCAACGUGCUCUUCAAGACGCGCUUCGUAGAGGGCGUUUCAACGGUGACGCAGGCAUACCAACGCCACCACCACCUCUCAACCAGCAGCCGCCUCCUCGUCCUCUACGAAGGGAAGGGGAGAGGCAGAGGAGAAAAAGGUGCAUGGAGCACGCAGGACACGGGUGACGAUGCUGAGCUCGCGAGCGUGAGCAAACAAGUUGUGGAGAAGGCGAUUCACCGGGCGGUGCAGCAAUACAUGCAGGAGAAGGAGCAGCCAUCUCAAAUCGUGGACUUCCUCUUCGCCUGA